ACUGAUGGAUAUCAGCUAGCAAUGGAUGCUGCUUACAUCAGCUGUCAGAGGCUUUGACGGAGGGGAUUUGGCUGGUUUGGACACAGAGUACAGGUUAGAAGAGUUUUUCGUUUAAACAAGUCCUGUUCGGGCUCUAAACACAAACUAGCGACUGGACGUUAAUCGGUAGGACAAGCUAGCUAAGGGUUCUUGCUAGCUAGCUAAGGCUAACGACAAUAACAUAACGUCGGAUUGCAACAGUUAACGCUAACUCUAGCUUUUCUAAUGAUCUGUUUGUUCCAGACGAACUCAGUAUUUGUGAUGUACUCAGUUGGCAGAUAUGGUGAGGCACAGCAUGAUGUCGGACUUGCAAGCCUUCCGGGACUCUCUCCAGGGUAACUCCCUGGCUGUGGGCCAAGUGGGGCAGAGCUGCGGGGGCAUUCAGGAGAACAGGGUUGCUUCAGAGGACAGACAGCACCUUUCCCAAGGCCCAGCAGAAAUGGAGAAAAGCCAGCCAGUGAACAUCCCAGAUGCAGCAAAAAGAAAGAAGAAGAAAAGAACUAGAGCAACAGACAGCUUCACAGGCACUUUUGAUGAUCUCUACAAACUGACAGAUGAGGUGCUUGGUCAGGGUGCUUAUGCUAAAGUUCAAGGAUGCAUAAGUCUGCAGAAUGGACAGGAGUUUGCUGUGAAGAUCAUAGAAAAGAGUGCAGGGCACAGCCGCAGCAGAGUCUUUCGUGAAGUGGAGACUCUCUACCAGUGUCAAGGAAACAGGAACAUUUUGGAAUUGAUCCAGUUCUUUGAAGACAGCUCCUGCUUUUAUUUGGUAUUUGAAAAGCUGCGUGGAGGCUCCAUUCUUACACACAUCCAGAACCGAAAGCACUUUGAUGAGCUGGAGGCCAGUAAGGUGGUCAGGGACAUUGCCCAAGCUCUUGACUUCCUACACACAAAAGGCAUUGCCCAUAGAGACCUUAAGCUGGAGAACAUUCUUUGUGAAUACACUGAUCAGGUGUCCCCAGUAAAGAUCUGUGAUUUUGACUUGGGAAGUGGAGUAAAGCUCAGCAGUGCCUGUACGCCCAUAACGACUCCAGAGCUUACCACACCGUGUGGUUCAGCAGAGUACAUGGCUCCCGAAGUAGUGGAGGUGUUCACCGAUGAGGCCUCCUUUUACGACAAGCGCUGUGACCUUUGGAGUCUCGGGGUCAUCCUCUACAUCCUGCUGAGCGGCAGCCCCCCCUUCACAGGCCACUGUGGUUCAAACUGUGGCUGGGACCGAGGAGAAACCUGCAGAACCUGCCAGAGUCACCUGUUUGAGAGCAUCCAGCAGGGCAAGUAUGAAUUUCCAGACAAGGACUGGGCUCACAUCACAGAGGGGGCCAAGGAUCUCAUAUCCAAGCUGUUGGUUCGGGACGCAACUCUGCGCCUCAGUGCUGCUCAGAAUGCUCCAGAGAGAGGUCUUCCAACUCCUCAUGUCCUACAGAGGAACAGUAGCACCAAAGACCUGACCCAGUUUGCAGCAGAAGCCAUCGCCUUCAACCGGCAGCUAUCCCAGCACGACGAGCAGCAGGAGGAUGUCGGAGCCAUCGUGUGCUCCAUGAGGCUUUCUCCUCCUUCCAACUCCAGACUGGCACGCAGACGGGCGCAGUCCAACGCCUUGCGCACCAGGGACUUCGCACCCUCAUCGGACAACCUUGCAGCCUGAAGGACCAGUACAAGUCCCCUCGUCAUGAUUUCCAACUGAUUUUAGCCUCUGCCUGCUCCUUGUGUGUGUGUGUGUGUGUGUGUGUGUGUGUUGUUCUCACAGGGAGCCUUGUAGGAUCAGCUGUUUCAACAAACUGUUUCCUUUGAGAAUAACUUUGGGUUUACUUUUACAGUUAGUCUUCAAAGAUUUAUUUAUUUUUUAUUUCCGAUGACCCCAAUACAGCAGAAACCGCUCUUAAUGCCAGCAGUUUAUACUAAAUAUCUAAUCUGUACAUAUCAUUAUCAACACAGCAUUACAUACGUUCAGCACAGUUUUGCCACUGUCGCUGUCCUAAUGCAAUAUUAUCUAAUUUUGAUAGAUUUUACUUAUUGUUUCUCAGUCACUGGAGGAAAGAGAUGAACUAUCUUUUAUUUUAUUUUUUAAGCACGCCAGUGUAUGUGAUUUGAUUUGUGUGGAUGUAUGUGAUUUUAAAUGAUAAAAAUGGACUAUCCAUCUCUAGAAAUGGUCUUUUCUCCAUUUUACCCAUUUAAGCGAUUCUUGUUGAGGCUACGUAUAACUUACAGAAAGUGCAAGAAUGUGAAUGGAUGGUGAAGUUAGACAACACCCCUUUGAUCAAAUUGUUUUGUAUUUCUUAUCAUUUCUAGCUUUCACUUCAACACAAGCUACCUGUAGCACUGAUGUACUUUAAAAUAAGUCACUUAUUUAGUUUAUCUGAAAGGGAGAAUAUUGUAUCGUAAAUAAUCAGUUUGGUCCAACAAUGUGAAUUCGACACCUGCAGUAAUAAUUAUCUUUUAAGGGGUUUUAACAACUUUUUAUCCUCAUUAGUCCAGAGUCCAGCAUUACCUCAGGCUCUUUUUUGCACCACAUCUUUGCACAUUUUGUACUGUACAAAUGUAACAUCAUCCCAAAACGACAUGCUUAGUUUCUUAUUGUCUUAUUGCUUUGCUGUCUCAGAGUCUUUUUAGUCUGAAUGACUUGAAAUGUGAGAAUCGCAUUUGUUUUGGUUGUAUGUAGCUAAUAAUACUUAAAGUGGGUUUGUGAAUAGUUGAUGUUACACUUUGUAGUAAGAUAGAGGAUUCCAAACUGGGGUUGAAGGCAAAUUAUUUUUAUACAAGUAUUUGUAUGUUGUUUAGUUUUGUAUCUUUGGUUCUGUGACUGGUUCUGAAUGUGCCAAUGGAAAGAAUAAUGGACUAACCAGACUUCUCUGUCCUAGAUUUUCUUGGGUCCAUUAAGCUGCUGAUAUUUACUUUUGAUCCUUUCUUUAAAGAAGUAUUUUUACUUUUUUAAUUGUUGCAUUCAUUGAGGACCCCAUCUAUGUUGAAAUGGGGUCACCGAUGGCAGUCUAUCACUUCUGUCUCCCCUUAACCCUGUUAACUUUGUGUUGCCCGCUAAACGACAUGCCCCCUGAUUUCACACUGUUGCCAUGGACACCUCAUCCCUAUAGCAACUAACGGCCUUCAUAGGCUGGCAGGAAUUGACAGAUUUGCUCAGAGCGAAUACGCACAUUAGGAAACAACCACUUGCUAUGUUAAAGCCCUCUCCUUCCCAUUAUGACUCAUAAAAGGACUUUUUUGCUCCCCCCCCCAUCAACUUGUAAUGGCAUCAAAUGAGGUACAGCUAUUGGUCUGCAAUUAUGGAGUCCCAUUGAAAUUUGUCAAAGAUAGGGUCUUAUGCAUAAUGCUCUCAGUGUGGAGCAUAUUUUCACUGGUAUGCUGUGUUCUCAAUAAAAAGAUCCUCAACAUC